UUUAACAAGUGUAUUUUACAUCCGAUAUACGCAUACAUUUACGUAAUUCGACAGAGAGACUUGAUGCAGAACAGCGGCUGGUAAAGAUUUGCUGUAUAAAAAUGAGUAACGAAGCGCAAAUAUCGAACAUCGUAAAUGAUAUUCUUAGAGUCGAACCUAUCGAAGAAGCUUUCAGCUGUUUUCUCGUUCACCAUCUGGACAAUGAAAUUGAAAAAAUUGCAGCGUUGCAGUCGGAAUUAACGUCUGCUAUGACAGGCCUGAAUACUGAACAACAAGAGAAUGGCGUUAGACAAUUUCUUACCAUGGCUGCCGCGCUGACGAAUCAUAGUCGCUUACAAUUGCUCCUGUCGUUACUAGAGAACUUGGUCAUGAGUAACGUGUUGCCUGCAAGAUUGGUUUGCGAAUGUAUUCUCAGCUGCGAUAAGCUGCAGUAUCAGCAAGAGGAUUUUUGGGUCGAGUCUUUUAACCUCAUCAGGCGGAUCAUUGGAGGAGUGGAUUACAAAGGUGUUAGAGAAAUAAUGAAGGGUUGCAGAGAAAAGGCACAAACGAUACCAGCGAGACUUAACGCAUCUGUACAGCCGCAAUUAAAGGCACUGGAAAAUGUUAUCGAAUACAUAUUUGAUAGAAAUGCAUGUCUCUUGCCUGGCUAUUUUAUUGUUAAUGAAAUACAGAAGGCCUAUCCUGAUAAUAAGAAUUGGCCGCAUUGGAAAUUAGCAAAAUUGCUCUCUGGGUUCGUCGAGAGUUUCAGAGCCACUGCGCAAAUGGUGUCGAUAAUUGGCCACUCAAAAAUGCUACCCGUAGUAGAGCACUCUGGAUAUGCGGACCACGUCAUUAACCCAUGGCGGCUCGAUCCUACGACCCUUAAAUUCUCCCUCAAAGGCAAUUUACCCUAUGAUCAAGAUCUGCUAAAGCCUCAAACCGAACUUCUGAGAUAUGUUUUGGAACAACCGUACAGCAGAGAUAUGGUUUGCUCCAUGCUAGGCCUCCAGAAACAGCACAAACAGAGAUGCGUAGCGUUGGAGGAACAACUGGUUGAAUUGGUACUUCUGGCUAUGGAGCGAUCCGAAAAUGAUCCGCCACCCACUGAGGGAACAGAUAUUACUGUUGCGAAUCAUUGGCUGUGGCUACACCUUUCUUCUCAGCUUAUAUACUUCGUACUUUUUCAAUUUGCUUGUUUUCCCAACAUUGUUAUGGCUAUACAUGACAAGCUAGCUGGUCGUGAAUUGAGAAAAGGGCGUGAUCAUCUGAUGUGGGUCUUAUUGCAAUUUAUAUCUGGGAGUAUUCAGCGCAAUCCGCUGUCUAACUUUCUGCCCGUACUUAAACUGUACGACCUAUUAUAUCCCGAAAAAGAACCACUACCUGUUCCUGAUUUCAGUCAGGCAUUGUGCACACAUCAAAUGGCCAUAACUUGUAUAUGGAUUCAUUUACUUAAAAAAGCGCAAUCUGAACACUUGAACAUUCACAGACCGAUCCCACACACGUUGAAAGUUCAUCAUGAAUUUCUACAACAUUUAGUUAUGCCAAAUACAUCAUUGUGCAUGGGAUCUGAUUAUCGCAUCGCUUUACUGUGCAAUGCUUAUUCAACAAAUCAAGAAUACUUCAGUAGACCCAUGGCUGCACUUGUUGACACAAUUCUUGGCACACAGAAGGGACAACAGCAGCAACCUUUACAGCCACUACAGAGCAAUGCUGCCCUUGCAAAUGGACCAACAACGCCAUUGUCUAUGUCCAUUCUGGAUUCUCUUACUGUACAUUCUAAAAUGAGUCUGAUUCACAGUAUUGUUACACACGUUAUCAAACUAGCUCAAUCUAAAAGCAACAUGGCUCUUGCUCCUGCCCUUGUCGAGACUUACAGCAGAUUGCUGGUGUACACUGAAAUCGAAAGCCUUGGAAUCAAAGGCUUCAUAAGUCAACUACUUCCCACAGUAUUCAAAUCCCAUGCUUGGGGAACACUGUAUACUUUGCUCGAGAUGUUUAGUUACAGAAUGCAUCAUAUUCAACCGCAUUACAGAGUGCAGCUUUUGUCGCAUCUUCACAGUCUUGCCGCAGUACCGCAAACAAACCAGACCCAGCUCCAUCUCUGCGUUGAAAGUACCGCUCUUAGGCUAAUUACUGGUUUAGGAUCUGCUGAAGUGCAGCCUCAAUUAUCCCGGUUUUUAUCGGAGCCUAAAACACUGGUGUCUGCUGAAUCGGAAGAGUUGAAUCGAGCUUUAGUUCUCACACUCGCAAGAUCAAUGCACGUCACAGGGACAGGAGCAGAUUCACUGAGUGGUACAUGGUGCAAGGAACUGUUGAACACAAUCAUGCAGAAUACCCCCCACUCUUGGGCCAAUCAUACUCUGCAAUGUUUUCCCCCAGUAUUGAACGAAUUUUUUCAGCAAAAUAGUGUUCCUAAGGAAAAUAAACAGCAGAUCAAGAAAGCAGUCGAAGAAGAAUACAGAAAUUGGGCAUCAAUGAGCAAUGAAAAUGAUAUAAUAGCACAUUUCUCUGUGCCUGGAACGCCACCCUUGUUUUUAUGUCUCUUAUGGAAAAUGAUAUUUGAAACAGAUCGUAUAAGUCCAAUUGCGUAUAAAAUAUUGGAGCGAAUUGGCGCGAGAGCUCUUUCCGCCCAUCUUCGAAAGUUUUGCGACUACUUAGUUUUUGAAUUUGCUAACAGUGUCGGAGGCCAACACGUGAACAAGUGCGUGGAUACCAUCAACGACAUGAUCUGGAAAUACAACAUUGUGACAAUUGACAGGCUGGUGCUCUGUUUGGCACUACGAACGCAAGAAGGCAGCGAAGCUCAAGUCUGCUUUUUCAUUAUCCAACUGCUUCUAUUGAAAGCUGUUGAAUUUCGGAAUCGCGUGCAAGAAUUCGCAAAAGAAAAUUCCCCAGAGCAUUGGAAGCAAUCAAAUUGGCACGAAAAGCAUCUUGCAUUUCAUCGAAAAUACCCAGAGAAAUUUGCUCCUGAGGGAAUAAUGGAACAAACAACUGGAGGUCCCAGUCAAUACCAAAGUCUACCGGUAUACUUUGGAAACGUGUGCCUACGAUUCUUACCAGUAUUCGACAUUGUGAUACACAGAUAUCUCGAGAUACCCCCAGUUACUAAGAGUUUAGAAAUAUUAUUAGAACACUUGGGAUGUCUCUAUAAAUUUCACGAUCGACCUGUCACAUACCUGUACAACACGCUGCAUUACUAUGAAAGAAAACUUAGGGAACGACCAGCACUGAAGCGACGCCUAGUUUCUGCCGUGCUUGGCUCGUUGUGUGAAAUUCGGGCUCCCAAUUGGGCACUGUCCGAAGCUUAUCAGCUCUACAUGACGCGAUCUCCUGACGACGCAGUCAACUGGGUGCCAGAAUUGGACUAUUAUGUUCGACUUGUGCGUCGUAUCGUUGAGACAAUGUCAGGGAUUGCUCAUUUCCCUACAACCGACUGGAGGUUCAAUGAAUUUCCAAAUCCUGCUGCGCAUGCUCUUUAUGUUACCUGUGUGGAGCUAAUGGCUGUGCCUGUUGCUCCAAAUUUAAUAGCUAAUUCUCUGCUUGAUGUUGUUGCCAAAGGAUAUACAGUUGUACCAUCAGACCAGAUUCACAUGUGGAUCAACUGCGUAGGAUUAUUGCUGGCUGCUUUACCCGAGUGUUACUGGUCAGCCCUUCACGAUCGCCUUGUGGAAACAGUGACUAGUCCUGGACUGGCGAACUGGCAAUACAGCAACUUGACUCCAUUUCAAAUAUUCAAUUUUAAUAUUACUCACAAUGGCUUACUGGAAAACAAAUAUAGUUACAUGAUAGCCCUGGCACAUUCCAUUUGGCACCACGCAGGCGUUGGUCAAAUCACAACUAUGCCACAAUUCAUCAAAGAAAAAUUGCAACCAGUCGUCAACAGCGAAGAGCAAUUGAUAUUCGCUUGCCACUUGAUAGGACCGACUUUAGCGCGAUUCAACACGGAGAGACCUCGAUGCGUCGUCGAGCUCGCUGUUAGUCUCUAUGAAAUGCUUGAACAAGCGGACCGUUCUCAAGCUCAUCUCAAAUACAUGGACCCAAUAUGCGACUUGUUAUACCAUAUCAAAUACAUGUUUGUGGGUGAUAUGAUGAAAAAUGAGGUUGAAUGCAUCAUUCGCAGACUGAGGCCUGCACUGCAAAUGCGCCUUCGAUUCAUCGCACACCUCAACAUUGAGGAAAUAAACUCAUCCUGAGGAAUCGCCCCCUCGGCUACGCAAGCACCGCCUUGUACAGUCGUGGAACAAACAGAACCAAAUGUACCUUCACAGCCAGUGGUGCAAGUACCGACAUCCAGCCAAGCAGAGGCAAACGUUUCUGGCACGUCAAAACAAUAAGAGAUAUCGACGUAACAGGUACUAAUGAGCAUCCAUUUGUGUACAUGGAAUCGAAGAUAACGAGGAUUUAUGAAACAUAAAUUUCAUACACAUGGUACACAUUGUAAUUAGACUGUCUUCCAGUCGUUGUAAAUUAUUACAAUUUCAAAGGAAUCAUAUGUGGUUUCUUGACAGUAUAAGUUAUUAAUUGAUAUGGAUGUUAUAAGUGUACAUGUAUACGUAAGAACAGUGCAUAAUUUUGCAUGAAAUUUUAUACUCUGAUAAGGAUAGUAUUAAAAAAAAUUAGAAAUCGUGUUAUUCCUUAUUGUAAUAAUUUAUCUAUAUUUAAACCUGAAGAUGAUGGAAUACUAAGUUAAUAGAUCAUAAAAUCACAAAAUCAUACGAUAGUUAAGAUACGCAAUCUAGAAUAAGCUGUUUCAUAAUCAAAAGAGGAUCACUUUUGCUACCAAUGAAUUUUGUAUAUAAUAAAUAUUAAUACCGCCUUAGUUCUAUUGAUAUUUUAUUGUCAUGAGUAUCAUGUUAGUUAAUCGAAGACAGUUACGAAUAUCACAUGCUUUAUAGAAAAUUAAUGAAAUCUUCUAGUUGAGGAAUUACUUUAAAUGCUAUCAUAAUCAACGUCAUCCUGAGCUUUGAUAACUUUGGCAAAUGCUUCGAAAGAUCCAAAAUUUUCUUGUACAAACUUCUGGCCUUUCAUACCGUUUAUCCAUUUCAUCUACAAUAUAUAAAAUGCCGUGAUUAGCGAUACUGUAAUUUUUUUCACUGACCAUUAGAUCUAUCUAAGUCAUUUUUAACAAACUUACGAGGUGCGGGAACUUUUCUUUGUCGAAAUUCAAUGGCUGGUCAAAAGCCAGUGGAAGUGCUUUAGCCCGUUCUACCCACGGCCACAUCAAAACGUCCAGCAUCCCUGGUUCAGUUCCUAAAAUUCGUUUAUUAUAGAAAUACAGAUUAUGAAUGUCCAUUUUACAAUUGUACAAACCUCCAAAGAAUAUUGUUCCCCGUUUUGCCAAUUCUUCUUCGUACUCUACGAAGUGUCCUAUUAUUUCCUCAACUAUUUCUUGUACUGGUCUAGUAUCCCUUUUGUGAA